AUGGAAGAUAGAUGCACCACUGUGAGUACCUUGACAGACAAAUCAAGCGAGUGGAUCAUAAAAGUCAUCCUGAUUGAAAAAACAAACAUCUUCCCAGGAAAAGAUCAUAACACAUUCCAGCGUUUCAUGUUUGCUGAUGAAAAGAAUGAAUCCAUCCAAGGAAUUGCUUUCACUAGAGAUGUAAAUUAUGCAGACAACAAGCUUCAUCUCUACCGUACUUACUACAUUGGCAAUGCUGCUAUUUCAGCCAUCACUGAUGAAAGAAACCAAGCUGGUUCUGUGCCAUGGCAACUAACCAUAACGAAAACAACUUUCAUCAAGCAAGCACAGAAACAAAAUGAGCUCACCCUGAACAAUCGAUUCCCAUUAACUUCCUUCUGGAAUCUUGACAAAUAUAAAAACAAUGAUUCCAUCAGAUUUAAUCUCCUUUGUGCUUUAAUUCAAGGAUUCCCAGAAUCUACAAUAUCAACAGCAAGAGGACCACGCACAAUUCGCCGAUUCAUCGCUGUUAAUCCUGAAUGCAGACCAAUGAUCUUCACCAUGUGGGAACCAUAUAUUUAUAUUGAAGGAGUUCAGCUCAUGAACAUUAUUCACACAUGCCCAAUAGUUCUGCUUAUACGCCCAAAGAUCACAACAUACUAUGGAAUUGACAUUGCUACUCGCCCCAAUACUACAAUCAUCCUUGACCCACCGUUACAAGAAACAGCUUCACUACAAACUUGGUGUCAUGAAAAUAGAGCAUAUAUUCAAAAGGUCAUCAGCCAGAAACUCUAUGAAAAAAUUAAUCAAAAAAUCCUUGCUCCAGCACAUACUCAAAUAAGGCCAAUCUCACAAAUCAUUGCCUCUUCAGAACUGAUCAAAAACUUCUGGAUCAAAGGAACUCCAUCAAUAGUUAACAUCGACCAGAAGUUUUUUAUUGCCAGCUGUGCUACAUGCGGUAAAUCAACUGGAGCAAUGAUAGAUAUCGAAUUUGACUGCAAUUUCUGUGAAACGAAAGACACAAAGCCAAAACCAAAAGCAAAGCUCCAGCUCAACAUACAUGAUGACACUGGCUACCUAACUGCUGCUGUUGAAGAAAAAUAUGCUGAAACUCUGCUUGAUAUGACUGCUGCUGAAAUCUAUGACAGAUAUACAAAGCAACUCCCAAUUCCUGUUCAUGUAAUCAAUGAAAGAAUUCAAAAACAAACAUUGCUCUGUGAGAUAAGAUCAUAUCUACCAUCUCAGAGACAAUUUACACCCCUGUAUUUUCUCACUGCUUUUCUCCCUGAUCAAUCAUCAACCCAUCCUGUUCUGGAGCACACAACUGACCAAAAAACACCACAAUCAGAAGGAGAAGAGUUAAUUCACACAAUAACCACAUCUGAAGACCUCAUCACGCUAGCUGAUAAAUCUGCACCUCCUGCCACUCCAAGCUCAAUCUACAAAAAUAGUGCUUCAGCUGGAUCUUCCACAUCUCACACAACAGAUGUUCCUGAUUCUCCCACUCCAAUAGCACCACCAUCCGCCAAGCGAAGCUUAGACAAAGAAUUUGACAAGGAAUCCAAGCAUCAGAAGCUCACAUGA